CUGGUUGAAGAGCCACACUGGUGGAGUGGUGAACUCUGGCGUGCAAUGGAGACAGGGGCCGGUACACUGAGCGGAAUCAGGCUGCAACAACGGGAGCAUGUCGCCCAUACCAAUACACGCCGUCUGCAUUAUUAUGUUAGCGUUGUUUAAAACACACAUAGACGAGUGAGUCGACGCAGCUGGUCAGUGCAAACAACAGCGUGUUGUGGACAAAUUAACAGAGUGGAAAGCAGCAUUAGGUUCCUCAGUAUGAGUCGAGAUGGAUGGAGGAAGAAAGCUAGUGAAGAUGAUGGCUGGGGAGAAAGGGGGGGCUACAUGGCUGCUAAGGUGUCUAAGCUGGAGGAGCAGUUUAUGAGGGAUGCUCCCAGAGAGAAGGACAAACAGGGGACCUCCUCCAGCAUCUUCAGUGGAGUGGCUAUCUAUGUUAAUGGAUACACAGAUCCCAGUGCAGAUGAAUUACGCAAACUAAUGAUGUUACACGGAGGGCAGUUUCAUGUCUAUUACUCUCGCAGCAAAACUACACACAUUAUUGCCACCAACCUGCCCACUGUCAAAAUACGAGAACUAAAGGGGGAAAAAGUAGUAAGGCCAGAGUGGAUCACUGACAGCAUAAAAGCAGGAAGACAACUAUCAUACCUGCAAUAUCAGCUUUAUGCAAAGCAAAAGGGUUUAAACUUCACUAGUGUGAAACCUCUGCAGGCCCAGAAAGCACCUUGGUCUGGCGAAAGUUUACUUCAACCCAACGUUAACCUACCACAACCAAAAAACCUCCACACUUCCUCUAACCCAGCUGUCAGUGUUGCUCAGCCAGGGCCCUCUACCCAUACAGAGAAAAAACAUCACCAUCUAGACAACAAACUGAAUGGCAAAAUUAAUGGAAUCCAUGAAAGUGAUGAAAAUUUUACUGGAACAUCACUCAAAGAGUCAAAGGACUAUCCUCAUACCAAUGGUCAUAUUCAUCCUUUAAACGGUGCCUUAAAACGUCCAGACUCUGUUACUGGUUUAAAACAGACAGCCCAAGAAUGGGAGUUUAAGUGUCCACAGUCAGACACAAAUGAAACCGGGAAAUACAACCCACCUACUUCUUGUUCUGUAUCUAACUGUACAACGUCCAUAGCCGGCACCUCGGAGCAGCUUAGUCCCCAAAGCAUCACUCAUAAUGAAAAGAUCUCUGAUACAUCCAUACAAUCAGCAACAAUAUCAGCUGUUAAUGAAAAAGCAGUCAAUCCAGAAAGAUCGGCCCACCAUAAUCAGACUAGCCAAGUAAGACUGAAUGGGAGUCACCAUCUUCCAUCUAACUCUAUUCUAAAUGACUCUAGUAACCCAGCAGGCAAACCAUCACACCAAGGUUCAGACACUGGGAUUAUUUCUGACUUUUUUUCUCACUCACGGUUUCACCAUAUAUCUACAUGGCGGAACGAGUUUUCAGAGUAUGUGAACACCCUACAGAAUCAGCGGCGAACAGCUGGAAAUACUGUGUUCUCCGGUAAAGAAAAACUAAAGAAGCUUUCAGCAGAUAAAGGUUCCUUGUUUAUGCCUGCUCCUCAGGUACGACAGUCUUGUAUCAUGCAUGUUGACAUGGACUGUUUCUUUGUGUCGGUGGGGAUUAGACCUCGUCCUGAACUUCAAGGAAAACCAGUGGCUGUGACGAGUAAUCGUGGACGUGCUGUUGUUCCUCAGAGGCCUGGUGCAAACGCUAAACUGGAAUUUCAGUACUACCAGAAAAAGUGGAACCAGCACAAAGCAGGUGUGACGGGUGAGGACCUUGAGAUAAACUCCUCUCCUGAGAGUGAAGAGACCUACAGUAAUGGAACAGUGUAUGACCAUGCUGCUCUUUCUAUGGCAGAAAUUGCCUCUUGCAGCUAUGAAGCCAGGCAAGCUGGUGUGAAGAAUGGCAUGUUUUUCGGCCAGGCUAAGCAGCUAUGUCCUGAUCUGAUAUCAGUUCCCUAUGACUUUCAUGCAUAUAAAGAGGUGGCGCUGGCUAUGUAUGAGACUCUGGCCAGUUAUACUUACAACAUUGAGGCUUUAAGUUGUGAUGAGGCCUUGGUGAAUGCCACAGCUCUUCUGACAGAGCUUGGGGUUACACCUGAUGAGCUGGCAACCGCCAUCCGUGCUGACGUGAGGGAGAAGACUGGCUGUUCUGCCUCUAUUGGGAUGGGGUCUAACAUUCUCCUGGCCAGGAUGGCAACCCGAAAGGCAAAACCAAAUGGCCAGUAUUUUCUCAGACCAGAGGAUGUAGAUGAUUUCAUCAGAGAUCAGCCUGUCACUAGUCUACCUGGUGUGGGUCGCUCUAUAAGCAGUAAGCUUGCUUCACUAUGUGUGAGUACUUGUGGAGACCUGCAGCAGUUGUCCAUAGUGCGUUUGCAGAAGAAGUUUGGCCUGCGAACAGGGCAGACACUUUUCCGUUUCUGCAGAGGGCUGGAUGACAGACCUGUACGCAGUGAGAAAGAAAGGAAGUCUGUGUCUGCAGAGAUGAACUACAACAUUCGUUUCACACAGGUGGAGGAGGCUGAGACAUUUCUGACUGGCCUGUCCAUGGAGGUUCAAAAGAGGCUGCAGAGGGCAGGUUUAAAAGGUCGGCGAGUUACCCUAAAAGUAAUGAUGCGCAAAGCAGGUGCACCGGUGGAGCCAGCCAAAUUUGGAGGACAUGGGAUCUGUGACAAUUUUGCCAGGUCUGUGUUGUUACCUUAUGCCACAGACAGUGGGCAGCUUAUAGCAUCUGAGGUCAUUAAGCUUUUUCGUGCUAUGAAGCUGGCUUUUGCAGACAUGAGAGGAGUGGGACUGCAGGUGCAGCUGCUGGAGAGCUCACACUCGGACACUAGCAGAUCUCACUCUAUCAAAGAUUUGCUCACAAGUGGACGGUCUGCGCACAGCCAUGGCAAAGAUGUUCAAAGAACAUAUAAUUUGUCUAACAUGUCUUUCAAUAAAAAGGAGAUUCCCUGUCCUGCAACGCCACAAAAUACUUCACUACCUGUGUUAAGUAAUGGGGAACCUUCUCACAUGCACUCUUCCAGCCAUUGUCGAACACGUCUCAACCUCAGCAUAGAGGUGCCGUCUCCCUCUCAGGUGGAUCGCUCUGUGCUAGAGGCUUUACCUGCAGAUCUGCGAGAGCAGGUGGAGCAAGCAUGGAAUGACAAAGAAGAGAAACCAAGUACCUCAUUUUCCCAAUCUACACCACUACAAACAGAUUUCAGUGCUCCGUCUGUGCUGCUACAUCUUUCCGGACAGCCUGGCCAAGCUGGUAGCACAGGCAUCGUACUGGAGCUUCCUGACUUCUCCCAGGUCGAUCCAGACGUUUUUGCAGCAUUGCCUAGGGAACUACAAGAGGAGCUGCGCUCUGCAUACAGAAACAGGGAAAAUACUCCGGCUCCAGCAGUGGUGCAGAGAAACCCUCUCCUUCAACUAAAACAGGCUGCAGUGGGCAGGACAAAGCGGCGCUACAAGAAAAAAAAUGCCAGUCCUCUAAAAAAAGGUGCUAGUCCAUUAAAGAGACUUGUACCAGAAAACAGUCCUGCAAAAUCCAGUCCCUCCAAAACCCUCUCAUUCUCACCUAAAUGCACAGAAAUCCCACCUGACCUCAAGAUUGAAAAUAAACCUUCUACAUCCUCUAUGAACCAUCAAGUGCCAGCAUUGCCAUCCAAAUGCUUUUCUCGACCUGUCCCAGCCCUGGCAGGAGCUUGUGAACUUGUUGAUGUCAGAGCCCUGCUGAGGGAGUGGGUUACUACCAUCUCAGAGCCUAUGGAGGAGGACAUUUUGCAGGUGGUAAAAUAUUGCACAGAACUAGUGGAGGACAAAGACCUAGAGAAACUUGACCUGGUCAUCAAAUACAUGAAGAGGAUAAUGCAGCAGUCCGAGGAAUCUGUGUGGAGCAUGGCCUUUGACUUCAUCUUGGACAAUGUGCAGGUUGUGGUACAACAGACUUAUGGCAGCACCCUAAAAAUCACAUAGAAGCUUUUGUGAAGCGCUUUCUUGCUUCCGUCACUGUGAUGUCACCUGAACCCUGCCAUCUCUUCAGAAGAUUACAGAUACAGGUCAUGCUUUAAUAAUGGCUGGUGCUACUACCUACCUGUUACUUGUCCUUUUAAACCAAGCGUUCCUCAAAGCACCCAUAAUGGGUAUAGUCAGCGUGUAUACUUUGUAGCUGGGCUCAAACGCCUGCAUCUUUAACACCAACUUGCAUUGUAACCUCAACAUACAAUUUUGUAGCAUCAAAACAAUUUUCUUAGGAUAUCAUGAUGUACUAUUCGAAUGUUUCCCUUACUGACUACUCUGACCUUUUUUGGUCCACAAUAGAAGUGCCAUGUUGACCCAAUAAAUGUAUGGCAAACACAGUAGCACAGUAAGAAGUUACUCAGAACUUUUUAUCUGUAAGUCAGGCCUAAGCUGUAAUAGAACCUGAAAAUAGCAUUUUAUAUGUAACUUAAGUGCCAGAUUUUGUAUGUAUAUUAUGUAAAAUUCCUGUAAAUUACAACAUUUCUAAUUAUUUUAUUUGCAUGUACAUAAUGUUUAUAAUGUUUUGUUGUGAGUGUGAGAAAGAGAUUAAGAAUUAUACAAUUGUAAUUAAACAUUUGCCAAAGUCCUCAAUAUUCAAACCAUUUAUCAUGUGUAAGACCUUUAACCAGCAUUGUUUUAUGGAUAGCCAAUAAAGGCUUGUGUCAUUAGUGUCCAUAAAGUUCAUAAUUAUGCAGUUAAAAAGAUGCUCAUGAUGAACCUUUUUUUCACUCAGCUAUGUGUUUGUUAAUGGAAGGCCAGCUAAAUCUGUUUGACAUGACUGACCUGUGCCUGAAGACCUGAAGCUGUGACAUCAUUUGUACGUUUUUUUUAAACUUGUUAAUAAAUUUGAAUAUCUUAUUCUCAA